AUGUCAAACGCUCCAAAAGUGAUACUAAUCUUUGGUGGUCUGGGUUUAUUGAUAGGUGGGAUUCUAUCGUUGAUCUUCACUUCAUUGUACCCAGUUAGAAACACUGAGUAUGUGAAUGUUGACAAAAGUUCAGCACUCUUUGCACUUAUAACUCCUGACGCCAUUAAAAUCGAAAUGGUGUGUUAUGGUGUGUUAGCUAUAUGUUUUGGAUUUAUUGGGAUCUUAGUUGGAACAUCAAAUUCAUUUGGACUGAAAGUAACCGCAUCUAUCCUUCUCAGUUUUUUCAUUGUUGGUGCACUUAUUGAAACUCUCACUUUUGGGUCAACAUUCUUCUUUUUCAAUACAAGAAAUGAUUAUAAUGUACAAAAGCAGUUAGAUACAAUUGAGAUCGCGUUUGGAUGUUGUGGGUGGUAUACUCUUCGUGAUUAUCCUCCGUGUCAAUCUUCAAUAGGGUCUCAAGCAAAUUACACGUGUUAUAUGAAAACAAGGAAUAUAACGCACACUUCACUUAUAAAUUUCAUAUUUGGAGCUUUCUUCUUAUUCAUUGGUAUCAUUCUCAUUAUCACGACAGCAAUUCGAUUGUUCGAAAUAAACGAGUUGAUACCUUACAAUGAAAUAGAAUAUGGGGAUGAUGAUGACUAUGAAGAUGAGGAUGUUAAAGAUGUGAUAAACUAA